GUGUCGCCUCCCUCCGCCUCCGUAUGUCACUUGACCGCCGCAGUUCCCACCAAAACAAACUCUUUAUUUACUGCUCUGAUUCUUCCUCAACUCUCAUGCAAACCCUUUUUGUAUAUAUGCCCUGCAGCAUGCAAUCUUUUCGCCAUCUUUCCUUUGAUAAAUGACCUGCGAUGAAUUUCAGUAGCCCAGAACACCAGUCGCCGCCGCCGGAGGCGAGUUUCCGCCGCCGGGGCGCUUGGUUGGGUUCACAAGAUGAACUCAGUGGUGAAGGAAGUAAGCUAGCUAAGAAUGUUCGCCGGAGGAGAAUGGAGCUCCGUCGGAUGAGGACAGUUUAUGAGGCGAAGUCCGCCGGAGACCCAUCGAGGGACGACGUAUGCGUGAAGAAAAAGCGAGCGGAAAUUCAGAUAGAGACGAAGGUGACUGAGAGCGGAUUGAUGGAUACAGGAGAGAGACGGAGAGGAGUCACUCGCACGUCAUAUGGGAAGAUAUCGAUCAUCGGGCGGCGGAGAGAAAUGGAGGACGCGGUGGCGGUGGAAUUGGGCUUUCUGAAGAGAGGUGGUAAAAGCUACGAUUUCUUCGGAGUGUACGACGGCCACGGCGGGUGGCACGUGGCUCAGGCCUGCGGCCAGAUGCUGCAUAAGCUGUUGGCGAAGAUCGUGGAGGAAGAAAGUACUGGUGAUGAUAUAGACUGGAAGAAGGUAAUGGCGGCGGGGUUUAAGCAGAUGGACGUGGAGGUGAAUAAGAACGGCGCAGCGGUGGCGACGAUGGGGUCGACCGCCGUGGUGGCUGUGGUGGGGGAGAAUGAGGUGGUAGUGGCGAAUUGCGGCGAUUCCAGGGCCGUGCUUUCGCGCGGAGGAGUGGCGGUGCAGCUGUCCGACGAUCACAAGCCCGAUAGACCUGAUGAAUUGGAAAGAAUCGAGGCCUGCGGUGGGAACGUCAUUGACUGGAACGGACAGCGAGUUUUAGGAGUUCUCGCGACUUCAAGAUCAAUAGGUGACAAUUAUCUCAAACCCUUCGUGAUAACAGAACCGGAAGUAAGAAUUAUCGACAGAACCCAUGCAGAUGAGUGCCUUAUACUCGCAAGUGAUGGACUAUGGGACGUCAUCUCUAACGACCACGCAUGCCAGGUUGCCAGGAGGUGCCUUCACGGAUGGAUGAGCCCAACCUGUCAAUCCUCGGGCGGUGUAGGAGUAGGAGAUGAGCGGCAUGAUGGUGGUGCUGCUGAAGCUGCGGUUUUGCUAGCGGAGUUGGCGAUGAGCGGAGGUAGUAGAGACAAUAUCAGUGUGGUGGUGGUGGAGCUUGGCGGUAACAUAUGGUCAGCUUGCUAGCGAGCUGCUGGAAAAAGUUGAGGUGGUAGUUGAGCUGGUUGAUGUUUUUUUUCUUUUUCUUUUUUUUUUAUGGGGGGGGAGGGGUUAACAUGCGCAUCCAUCACGCUCACGCACUUGUCCAAUUUCGAAACCAAAACCUCCAGACCAGAUGGAGAUGUUGAGACCGAUUCAAACGGCUAUUCUCUGGGGACGAGACUACGAGUUGGCUGAUGUUCAGUUCUAAGAAUUUUGUUUCUGCUUUGAGGUCAUUGCGUAUGUGAGUUGAUUUUCAUCUGUAUAUUACUGAGUUGUCACUGUAAAUUGUUAUCAAUUUCCAACAAUGACAGUAUAUGAUGUAUGGAUACAAACACACUGACA